CUUAGAAGUUGUAUCAUCUUGCAACUCAUAUUAUUUUUUUUUUUUUAUUAUUAUUAUUUUAUAUUCUUAUGUCUAAACAUUAACAAUUAUAUAAAGUUAGUUCUCCGCAUACAAAAAUACUGUUAUAGCCUUUUAUACACAUCCAAUACUUUUUUUUUUCUUUUUUACACAUUUCAACUAUAUAUAAUGACACCUACUAUUGUUAAUUCAGAUGAUGCUUCAGAUAAUUUAGAUUUCGAUUUACAGAAAAUGUUGAAGGAUAUGGAAAAUACCGAAGAAUUAAUGAAUGAAAUUGAAGCUAAAGCCGAUUUACUACAAUCUAAAAUCAAUGUACUUUUAGCUGAAGUAGGUCCAUUACCAAAUCCAUCUCUGAUGCUUGACAAUGAAAAGAAAGAAGAACCUAAGAAUAACAAUUCAAAUAAAGAUUAAACUUAAUCAAGAAAAAAAUAAUGUGGAAAAAAAAACAUAUUCAGCAUAAUAAUCACAUGCAUACACAUGUAUAUUGAAUGAAAGAUGAUUGUAUACCUUAUACAAUUGGAAUUAUUUUUAAGGAUAAAUAAGCCAGAUUGAUCAAUUAAAAUAAACUAUAAAUUGUUAAUGUUUUGUAAACAG